CGUGUUUUGUGAAACUUUAAAAAUGUCGCAUCUCUGCCUUUCUCCCUGCACAGGAGCCUUCCUAGGUGCUGAGUCUCUGAAUCAGCUGCAGCAUCCAGUCUCCAGCCCAGCUCCGGCUGACCAGGAUGUCGGAAAAACCUAAAGUGUAUCAAGGCGUCCGUGUGAAGAUGACCGUGAAAGAGCUUCUGCAGCAAAGAAGGGCACACCAGGCCGCCUCAGGGGCAACCUUGUCAGGAAGCAGCAGUAUCCACCUUCCAGACACCACCAUGCCAUCGCCUGCAGGACUAUACUUUGAGCCUGAACCAACGUCUUCCACACCCAGUUAUUUUCAGGCCCGAGAGUUUUCCACCUGUGUCUCUUGUGAAGAAAACCCUAGCUGCCUGGACCAGAUCUUCGAGUCCUACCUUCAGACUGACACACCCCCGGAGCCCUUGCUCAACUCUGCACAAAUCGCUCCCCACUAUUUCCCAGAGAGCUGUCCAGUGGCCUCUUUCUGCCAUAACCUGAUGCCAGGCUCGCCUUCGGAUUCCUCCAGUCUCUCCGGCUCCUAUGACUACAGCUACUCACCAGCUCAGCUGCCUGCCUAUACUCCAGAAAAUUACACGUCUCCACCUUCUCUGGAUUCCCUAUACUCCAGCCUCCCAGAAGAAGGCUACUUCUGCCAGCAUUGGCCUUCUCACCCCCAGUACAACCACUCCUCCCCGACCACCCCGUCCUCCGUCUGCUACUACGCAUCCUGUGAGGCAGAACAUUUGGAUGCCCUCAGGACCACAGAGUUCUUCUCCUACCCCGGCAUGGACUGUAUGGACUUUGCCCCUUCAGCGGCCACCACUGGCGAUUUCUAUAAGAGGGAAACAAGCUGCGAUGCCUGCUAUAGUUAGUAGGAACCACACUGGAAUGUGUCAUGGGGGUAUCUGUUUCUAGACGACAGUUCAACGCAUUCACAAACUACCCCACAUAUGGUUUACAUUUCACCAUUUUCAAUCACCCUGUAGCUAGUGUGGGAAUCGACACAAUGCCCUCAAGCCUGGUCUCGUGACAGUCUUAUUUUAUACACUCACUGUUAAAUUUUUUUGUAUGGAUUGUUUUUUCCCAGUGCCUUCCUUCUUAGUAUAAAGAACAAACUCUUUUGUAAACGAAUAAAUAACUUUGUAUAAUA